GCCCGUCAACGUGCUUCCGUAAAAUGGCUUCUUUCAAAAGCUUUCAACAAUCAGACUCCAGAUAACCUCAAAGAACCUUUCUAUAGAGAUCAUGAAAAUCAAGAACGACUUAAGCCACAAAUCAUUGUUGAGCUUGGCAAUGCUACCCUGUAUUGUCAAGCGUUGUCUAAUUUGUAUUCAGAUCCAAAUUACCAAAGCUUAAACCAUUGGUCGAUUUUGCAAACUUUGUCACGGAAAGGAGUUCCAGUGGCAGAAUCUCCAGAUAUGCCAAUAACAGAAACAGUUCUGAUACAAACAAAUCCAUUAAAAAUUAAUGCCCAUAUGUCUGUGAUAGAAGCACUUAUGAUUUUAUAUGUGAAAGAAUGCACAUCCGGAGAAAGAAUAUUAAAUGCAAUUCGAAGAGUAUCUGGUAGCAAUCCAAAUAUACAGGAACAAACAUUUGAAAAAUCUUUGCUAUUAUGGAUUUCGCAUGUUUGUGCAGCACUGAAAAAACGCAUAGAUAAGGAAAUAGAAGGUGGUGCAGUCGACGAAAAUGGAGUUCGUUUGCAGUCACCAAAUAUUCCGCCAGUGCAAAACUUUCAAGACCUUUGUAAUGGCAUUUGUUUGGCACUA